AUGUCGCGGCACCGAAUUGUUUCCCCCGCAGAGGUCCAGCGUCUGAUUGCCCAGAACCAGCCCAUUGUCAUUCACGAAGGCUACGUCCUGCACCUGGGAGAAUGGAUCGACAAACACCCUGGCGGCCGUCUUGCAAUCCUGCACAUGGUGGGCAGAGAUGCGACCGACGAAAUCAACAUCUACCACACCAACAAGGCACUGCUCAUGAUGACCAAGCAUCGCAUUGGCCGCGUAGAACUACCCUGGGCCAAUCUCGAGCCUCCAAUCCGCUCCCCCGAAUUCUACAAGAACCUCAAGCUCGGAGAGAAGAGUGGUGUGAUUGCACAUGGAGAUGGCCACAGGUCACGGAAGAGCGUGGAUCUUGGAUCCGCUGCUGCCAUUAUUAGCAAGAAGUUGAUGCCUGUCAAUUCGUGCGUCCGCCGAACGAGCGUCACACCCGAUCCCGAGAAGCUGCCUCUGCUCGAAUCCGAAGCACCAACCAUUGACACUGCCGAGGACAAGUUAAGGCACAGGGAGCAGUUUGCUACCGAAGAGGAAAAGAGGGAGAUUGAAGAGGGCAUAAGAGACAACCCCUCGCUCGACGUCGCGACGCAGCGUGCUAUCGUAGAGGACUACCGCGCUUUACAUCAGCAGUUCAAAGACGAGGGACUCUACCAAUGUCGCUACUCGGAAUACGCAAAAGAGUCGCUUCGAUACGGCUUUUUGUUUGCUGCCUUCGCCUCUCUGCUCUAUUGCAAGUGGUAUCUCUCAUCUGCCGUGUUCCUGGGCUUGUUCUGGCAACAAAUCAUGUUCACCGCCCACGAUGCCGGCCACCGAGGCAUCACUAGCAACUUCGUCGCUGACACCCUUAUCGGUGCGUUCAUCGCCGACUUCUGCUGCGGUCUCAGCAUCGGCUGGUGGAAGUCGUCGCACAACGUGCAUCACCUGAUCACCAACAUGCCCGAACACGACCCUGACAUCCAAAACAUCCCUCUCUUUUCCACGUCUCCAACCUACAUGAAGUCCAUCCUGUCGUCCUUCUACAACUUCCAGUUUGUGUGGGACGGCGCUUGUGAUUUCAUGGUCCCGUAUCAGAAGUACACAUACUACCCCGUCAUGGCACUUGCAAGAUUCAACCUGUACUUUCUGGGCUGGUUGCACUUGUGCUCGCCACGCGCCGCUCAACUGGGCGCUGCAUGGUGGACGCGGCCCCUCGAGAUCGUCUUCAUGUGCUGCUACUGGUACAUCUUUGGAUAUCUGCUGGUCUGGGUCACGCUGCCUACAUGGCCUAUCCGCAUCGGCUUCGUUCUCACGUCGCAUCUGGUCACCAUGAUCCUGCACGUGCAAAUCACCCUCUCUCACUGGGGCAUGCCCACGUCCGACCUCGGCCCCACCGAGUCCUUCCCGCAACGCCAAAUGCGCACCACCAUGGACGUCGACUGCCCCGCCUGGCUAGACUGGGUACAUGGAGGCCUGCAGUUCCAGGCUGUGCAUCAUCUUUUCCCCAGGGUUCCGCGCCACAACCUGCGCAGAGGACAGGAGCUAGUGCGCGAGUUUUCCGCAAAGACGGGCGUCAAGUACCACUGCUACAACUUUGUCGAGGGCAACAAGGUCGUUCUGAGCCGUUUGGAACAGGUUGGCCAGAUGGCCAAGAUGAUGGUCGACUGCCAGAAGUCCAUGGCCGAGACGGGAGAGAGUGGACUGCAUUGA